UUUUAUGGGAAGGAAUUGUCCCGGCCCAGCGUUCUGUCUGUGGCUGCUGCUGCCUCCAUCUGAAGCGGGCUGAAGUGGUGGCCGAGGCCGCCAGCGGUGGACGCCAGGGCCAGGCUUCCCUCAGUGUGACUUCCUUUGGACAACUGAUGAUAUUUAUCAUUGUGCCACAUUUCUACAAAUAAAAGAUGGGUGGAUUAUUUUCUCGAUGGAAAACAAAGCCUUCAACUGUAGAAGUUCUAGAAAGUAUAGACAAGGAAAUUCAAGCAUUGGAAGAAUUUAGGGAAAAAAAUCAGCGAUUACAAAAAUUAUGGGUUGGAAGAUUAAUUCUUUAUUCCUCAGUACUCUACCUGUUUACAUGCUUGAUUGUGUACUUGUGGUAUCUUCCUGAUGAAUUUACUGCAAGACUUGUGAUGACACUCCCAUUUUUUGCUUUUCCACUGAUCAUCUGGAGCAUAAGAACAGUGCUUAUUUUCUUCUUUUCCAAGAGAAUGGAAAGAAAUAAUGAAGCAUUGGAUGACUUAAAAUCCCAGAAGAAAAAAAUACUUGAAGAAGUCAUGGAAAGAGAAACUUAUAAGACAGCUAAAUUAAUUCUUGAAAGGUUUGAUCCAGAUUCAAAGAAAGCAAAGGAGUUGGAGCCACCACCUGCUGGAGCAACUGUGGCUGCAAGACCUGGACAAGAGAUUCGUCAGAGAACAGCUACUCAAAGAAACCUUUCUCCAACACCAGCAAACUCUAAUCAGGGACCUCCUCAACAAGUUCCAGUAUCUCCUGGACCACCAAAGGACUCUUCAGCCCCUGGUGGACCACCAGAAAGAACUGUUAGUCCAGGCCUUCCAUCAAACAUGUUACCAAGACGUCUUGGAUCCCCUGCUACUUCAGUGCCUGGAAUGGGUCUUCAUCCUCCAGGUCCACCCUUAGCAAGACCCAUUCUUCCCCGAGAACGAGGUGCACUGGAUAGAAUUGUUGAAUAUUUAGUUGGUGAUGGUCCACAGAACAGGUAUGCCCUUAUAUGUCAACAGUGUUUUUCUCAUAAUGGCAUGGCUUUGAAAGAAGAGUUUGAAUACAUUGCUUUUCGAUGUGCCUACUGUUUUUUCUUGAAUCCUGCACGUAAAACCAGACCUCAGGCCCCAAGACUUCCAGAGUUUAGUUUUGAGAAAAGGCAGGCAGUGGAAAGCUCAAGUUCAUUUGGUCCUUUGCCAUCAGGAAGUAUGCUUUCAUCAGAGAACCAGUUCAGUGAAGAAUCCUUAGAAGAACAAGAUGUUCUCGAUGAUAGUACGGAGCAGACAGAUGACAAAAUAACAGUUACUGAGCACACAGACGAAGUAAUUGAAAAGGUGCCUGGUGCAGAGGGGCUAGAGGGAAAACAAGAAGAGACUGGCAAUAAGGAAACCUCAAGAAAUGAAGCCAAAUCAGCAGUUCCCAGAGUGGAUUCUACUCCUGAUCUUGAACUAAAUGGAGAGUCUUUGAUGACAAAGUAGUAAAUCCUUCCAUGUGCCUUCAACUGGAUAUUUGUGAUUUUGUUGGUGUCAGUUAUUGCUUGUUUGAUGGUACUUUAAAGAACUUUUUGCUCCUCUGAGUAUAUGCUUUAUAUCAUUUAAAUUCAGAUCAUCUAGCAAUUUCAGUAUGUCAAAGUUAUAUAUGUACUGGAUGCUAAAAUUAAAAACAAGUGGUAUCAGUGAAGUAAGAUCCUUUUCAGCAUACAAAGACCAACACUAUUUAUAUACAGCUUUUAGAUAUUUUACAUUCAUUCUAAAAGUCAAAACAAAACAAAAGGUAGCAUUCUUGUAAAUAAUGUGUUUUGACAUAGGAAGGACUUUGGUUAGGAAUAACUUCUCUAAUAGUUUUUAGGAAUGAAAUGCAAUACUUUAUUAUUACAGAGUUUUAACUCUUGAGAUAUUUGCCAGUGGGGAGUAAAGUUCUACUUAGGUGUUUACAUUAAAUGAUAUGAAAGUUGUAACUGUAACUAUUAGGCAUUGGUACGAACAUUCAAUAAGAAUGCAAUUGAACAGUCAAGUGCAGUGUUUCUUUUGAUGUUUAUUUUGCAGCUGGGCCAAAGGCACAUGAUGUAUAUAAUUAGUUUAUGUUUACAUAUUAACAUAUAGGAAAUAUAUGCACACUCGACUGUACUUGAAUUCUUAGUAUUAUUUAUACUUGUUAAAUAAUGAUGAUACAUGAGUGAAUUUUGUGCUCGUUGUGUUUUUUAUUAAGGAAAAUAAAGAUAACCUGAUAACUAUUUUUGUUAUAUAUCUAGACUUCAAACAGUGUUUUGGUGGAUGACUACUUGGCUAUCUGGAAAAAUCUUAGUAGGAAGAGCUUCACAGUAUGAUAAGUCUAUGUAGAGCAAAUUAUAAUGCUUUUUAUUCAGACAGCAGUACUAAUGAGAGGUUAGUCAGGAACACCUCAGGCCAUUUGUAGUUUUUAACUUCAAGGAGGUGAAUAUGCUUUGUGAGACUAGGCAGUUAAUUGCUAGUAGUUCAUUGGAUUAAGUUAGUAUGUUGGAUCAAAUAGGAAAAAAAAUUUGACCCAUAAUGGUAACUCUUAGAUUUAAAUACAUUGUAAUUAUCUGUUUAAAAAAUCAUUUUUAUGCCUAAAUAUCUCAUAUAUAAGGGAACUUUCUAAAGAACCCAAUCUGUUAAUAGUCUUGAUGUAUCUUUGUAUAGUGGCUACAAUUUUUAAGCAUACGGAACUGAACUUCAAAUCUAGUUCUGUAAUCUUGGACAAGUCACCUAGCCUUGCUAUAAAUGUUUUCGCAUUUGUAAAGUGGAAAGAAUAAUGCCUGUUUUUAAGAGGUAUUGGAGUGAUCAAAAGCAAUUUAUAUAUUUGAAAUGGGCCUUACUGACAGAUAAUUAAUGAUUACUAAAUAAAUAGCAUUUGUUAUUGACAUCCUUAUGAAAUAUGGAAGGAUCUAUAAAUUUUUUUCUGGAAGAUAAGGAAAUAAAAAAAUAUAUAAACAUACAAUUCACCUGCUCAGAAUGAAGCCGGUUUCCUCCAUCAGUCUUACUCCGUAUAUGUAUAUAAAUUUGUAGUUUAAAAAAAUAAGAAAUGGAAACUCUGGAAUAUAAUUAUUUUUAAGAUGAACUUCAUCAGUUUGUGUGUGUGUGUGUGUGUGUGUGGUAUUGGCCCAUAUACAUUUUGGCAGCACCUUGCAGACUUGUUAUAAAACAUUCAAAUUUGAAUAUACAUUGUUUGAAAAUGAGUACCUCAGAGAAAUAUAAUUGAAUGAGAGAACCAAGCAGAUAUUAUGAGAGCUGUCUUUAAAGAAAUGUGGGAAAGUUAAAAAUGGGCUUACUACAAUUAUUGCAACAGAUAAUGUGCUUGUGAUUGUGUAGUAUUUUUAUAAUAGAAAAGUUUAUUCU